GACGUUGACGUGUGUGAUGACACAAACACGUACAUUGAUGAUGACUUGAUUGAGGUGAAAGAUGUGAUAGAAUCGUCACGUAACAGAGAGGAGGAACAGAGACAAGAGAUGCAACAGGAAGAGGAGCUCGCACUUUUGCAAAACAGGCAAGAGGACUUGCUACCACAGUACGAGGACCACAAGGAGCAACCACCGCAGUUGCAGAAUAUGUUGUGCAUCAAGCACGAUCACUCCCCACCUGAACACAUGCAACAAGAGCCGCAGCAGCCAUCACCAUUGCAAAAUGUGAUAUACAUUAAAGAGGAAGACUCACUAGGGCAAGAUAUGCAGCAAGACCCUCUUGCGCAAGAUGUGCAACAAGGCGAACAACCACCACUGUCGCAUAGCAUACCAGAUAUUAAGCAAGAGGCGCCGGCACUACAGAGCGUGCAAGAAGAUCAUAUAUAAUAGAAUUCCGAAGAGAACUGACACAAGGACUUUUAGUAUUUUCAACAAAUCGUCGAUCCCAAGGAGCUCCCAAGUGGAGAAAAGUUGACUACAGCGUACUUACUUCUGUUAGGUUCGGCAACACUGGGAUACAUUGGCCAAAAUAUAUUGGCAGGAAAGGAAGGUGUGAGGUAUGCUCCAAGAAAGGAAGGUGUGAGGUAUGCUCCAAGAAAGGAAGGUGGGAGGUAUACUCCAAGAAAGGGGUAGAAUCAUGACCAAUAUCAAUUGUAUCCAUGAGUAUGAUAUCCAGGUUCCUGCUCUGGUAAAACUAAGUAUGAAAGAAUGAGGUUUUGUGUGCGAGGGGCUUGGACUUCCAGCAGGCAUGCGUGAGCGUGUUUCAUAGGAGUGAAUGGAGACAAAUGGUUUUUAAUACUUGACGUGCUGUUGGAGUGUGAGCAAAGUAACAUUUAUGAAGGGGUUCAGGGAAACCGGCAGGCCGGACUUGAGUCCUGGAGAUGGGAAGUACAGUGCCUGCACUCUGAAGGAGGGGUGUUAAUGCUGCAGUUUAAAAACUGUAGUGUAAAGCACCCUUCUGGCAAGACAGUGAUGGAGUGAAUAAUGGUGAAAGUUUUUCUUUUUCAGGCCACCCUGCCUUGGUGGGAAUUGGCCAGUGUGAUAAUAAUAAAAAAAAUUUUUAUUACUUCUUACAAUAGCAAGAAAAAUAUAGAAGUCGAUGUUUAUAAUAGAAAUUCAUUUGUUUUAUCAGCUUCACUGAUUAUUGGAAUUUCAUGCUAUUAAAACAAGUAAGAGGAAAAUAAAGUUUUUUAUGUAUAAUUAUGAAAUGAAACUUAUAUUAUUGGGAAAUUAUCUUCAGUUUGUCUUAUAUUUUAUUUUUAUAUCGAUGAAAAUAUUAAAAAAAUUAUA